GAAAAUUAUUCUCUAUUCUUCGAAUCGAAUGCUUAGAAGAUGACAAAUUAAGAUUUAUUAUAAUUUUUAUCUCGGGCGCGAAAUACGCCCAUUGCAAUGCAAUAUAAUAUACAUAUGUUUUUAUAUGACUACUCUCGUAACGCUAAAGUCCAAGGUCAUCGUCCGAUACCGUAUUUCGUAUUAAAUUUACACAUUACACUUAUCGUUGAUAACGCAGCCAAAAAGAAAUGUCGAACAUUCUUGUAGGAAAACUCGCUUUUGUUACUGGAGCUGGAAGUGGUAUAGGUAGAGAAACGUGUAGAGUAUUAGCUCGAGAAGGUGCAAAAGUUAUUGCUGCCGAUCAAAACAUUAAAACGGCUGAGGAAACAAUAAAUAUUUUAAAUGGUUCCGAUCAUAUUGCAUUAAGCGUAAAUGUUACUAAUCCAUGUAAUGUAGAACAAGUUUUUAAACAUAUCGUAAAUCAAUUCUCAACUUCACCCACGAUUAUUAUUAAUUCAGCAGGAAUUACAAGGGACAAUUUUCUGCUGAAGCUCAGUGAAAUUGAUUUCGACAAUGUCAUGAAUGUUAAUUUAAAGGGUACGUUUCUUGUUAUGCAAAGUGCAGUAAAAGCUAUGAUAGAGACUGGAACAACAGAAGGAAGUUCUAUUAUCAAUGUUAGCUCUAUUAUUGGUAAACUUGGAAACAUAGGCCAGGGUAAUUACAGUGCCUCGAAAGCUGGAGUUGAAGCGCUAACUAAAACAGCCUCUAUGGAAUUUGGAAAAUUAGGAAUACGCGUUAACGCUGUCUUGCCAGGAUUCAUAGAUACUCCAAUGACUGUUACAGUUCCUGAUAAUGUAAAAAGCAUGUUUAUUAAAAGGAUACCGUUUGAGAGAAUGGGUAAACCAAACGAAGUUGCAGAGGUUAUUGCAUUUUUAGCUUCAAGUAGAAGUUCCUAUGUUAAUGGUGCUUCUAUUGAAGUUACAGGAGGAAUGCAUUGAAUCGGAGCAUUAAGUUGUAUAUAAUUAAUUUACAUAUUUUUUAUUUCUUUUCUACAGUUUUGAUAUUAUGCAAAUGUGUAUAAAUGAAAGAUUUUUUCAAAUGAUAAUAAUUUUGUAUGGAUAGAAAAUAAUAUAUAUAAAUGUAUAUUUUA